CUGGAUUCAUUACUCCUCCCCAUCGGUUCCCUCCUCUGUUUCUAUCCUGCACACCCGAAUCGAUUCAAACCUACGCAACUCCUACCUACCUACCCAGCGAUCAAUCCAGAUUCUCAGCACCUCAAAAGGGUGUUGCUUCCUUACAACCAAGCGACCGUCUCCAUGGCAGCAGCAGCAGCAGCAGCAGCAAAAGUGACACCCACGCCGCCUAAAUUUACCAGAUGUAGAACCGGGUGUUUACGAUGCCGCACGCGACGGCGCAAAUGCGACGAAGGCAAACCACGCUGCCAAAACUGCGUGGACAAGAAUUUCGUCUGCAGCUAUGGGAUGCAAGUCACCUUUCUCUCGAAAAAUACGUACACGGUGCCUGCGAAGGAACUUCGGACUCCGAGGUCGACGAAGAGACGGUUUCAGACUUUACGGUUCAUCGAAGAGGAUCCUCUGGCCUUGAACGGCGCAGAUGUCAAUACUCCUGGCAUGGAAGACGAGGGGUUGGAGUUGGAUUCAUCUUCCCUCGGUACCCGGUCGGCGGAUUCUCGUCAUGAGCGGGCUAAGGAGAAGCAAGAGGGAGGUGACGUUCACUCCAAUCUAGGUGGAGUAGAUGCAAGUCUUCUACGAGUAGAGAGUCCAGCAGAUCGCGCCGAUGAUGGUGGUCGAUAUCAUGAAGACGGGCCCUUGAUUGAAGACGAGGUCUUGCUCGGGAGCGGCCACGAGCUCUUUAGUGACAGGGAUACAUCGGCUGUUCAGGGGCUUCUUGCACUGGGCUCGAGUAUGCACGCAAAUGAUCAGCUUGCGCUGGUUCACGAUAUCUCAUACCUCGAGACACCGGAGCCGAUCGCGGGCUCUUCACCCAUGAUGACUGCUACUCCAGCCAACCAAGCAGACACUGAGACUAUGGCACGCCGGCGCGAGGAUUCUCUCACUGGUGGAAUGUCGCGGGUGAUUGAGCUGGGCUCAUCGCCCCCAGUCAUGGAUGAAGAUGAGCGGAAGUUGGAACUUUUGCGUCAUUAUCGGUAUUUUGUCGCUCCCUGGCUAGAUAUCUGCGACCUGAAGCAUCCGUUUGGGAUCAUAGUCACUCAAAUGGCGACACGCUCUGAGCAGAUCUUGUCGGCGUUGUUGACGCUAUCGGAAGCGUCUAUCAUUCACCAGAAUCACCAAGAGCCAAAUGCACUCGGUCGUGGAAGGCCUUUACUCAGACCUAUACACCUUGGGUCUGGGCUUGCUUCUGAACUUACCGAGAUGGCGCUUUUAUCGAUUCUAGAGAGGUUACAUUUCUUAGUGUCCGAUCUUUCUCACGGUUGGAGCACUCUGCAAAAUGACAACCUUUGCUUGCUAGAGCCUCUGCUUGAGCACUCCUUGCUCUUGAAUAUCGAGUCGUCUAUUUAUUGGACGUUUCUCAGACUAGACUUGAGUGUAGCGCUCGCGAAUGACACGGCCCUUCAUAUUCCAAUUCCCUCCGGCCCCGUGCCAAACCUGGAACUGCUUUCGCGUACCCAUGAUACCCAUGAAAGAGUCUCACUUUAUGCACGUGUUCUUCUUUGGCUUUGUGGAAAGGCCUUAAUGGUAUGCCAUGAACAACCCAGCCCACGCAACUUUCCUGGUUGCCAUCAGAUUUUGGACAGUUGGCUCCAGGCGUUCGAUGAACUCGACCGAUGGUAUGCUUCACGGCCGCAAGAGUUCCGGCCAUUGGUUGAGCUAGAGGGCGACGACAAUAUCUCAAAUACAGGGAGCGGACUUCCUCUGGUAGUCUUUGCAAAUGGGGUGGGCGCAUACUGCAACCAGCUCUAUCACACCGCCGCGCUCUUACUUCUGCAAUGCAAGCCACGUACCGCGCUUCUCAACCCACAGGCUCGAUUCCUCUCUCCACUCUGGCAUUCUCAGCGAAUUUGCGGCAUCGCACUGAACAAUGACUGCCGUGACUGCUGGGAUCCUUGUCUGGUCGCCUCCUUCCUCGUUUCUGCGCGGACUAUGACGCACGAAUCCCAGCAGAAAGCAAUCUUGCAGGGUUUCGAGCGAAUCUAUUCAAUCACUGGGUGGCAUAUAGGCCAGUAUCUGAGCGAUCUACAGCAGGACUGGUCGUUUCUGGAUGGCGUCUGACGUGCUUCGCCUCUAGUGUGAUGUGCCUGGCAAGAUAUCAUAAACAUGGUGCUCAAUCAUGCAA